CGCUGAGCGUACGUCCCGUAUGGUAUGAGUUGGUAUGAAUACGGAGCGUAAUGUGUAUUGUGUUGAGGAAUUUCAACUACAGCGCCGUUCGUUGAGGAAUAGUAAAACUCAGGAUUCAUUUAUAAGAUACAUGAUCCAAAUUUUGAAAAUAGAUAAAUAAAGUAAACCGGAGAAACUCAAUCGUAAUGUGCAGUAUUUUUUUCUUUCUCCUUUUAUUAACCAAAUUUUAUAGCACAUGUUGCGAGGAUUUUGAUAUCGAUAUAAAUGGAUACAUUGUUUAUUGUCCUUGUAUGGGACGUUUUGGAAACCAAGCAGAUCAUUUCUUAGGUGCUUUAGGAUUUGCUAAAGCACUAAAUCGUACUUUAGUUUUGCCACCAUGGGUUGAGUACAAAACUGGAGAAACUAGAUCUAUACAAGUUCCUUUUGAUGUAUAUUUUAACGUUUCACAAGUGCAAAGUUGCCAUAAAGCAAUGUUAAUGAAAACCUUUGUACAAGCUAUAGCACCCAAAAUAUGGGAACCUAAGGAAAGAGUAUCUUUUUGUUAUUCUGCACGUGGAAAGGGAGAUUCUUGCAAUGCUAAAGAAGGCAAUCCAUUCGGUCCAUUUUGGGACACAUUUAAUAUAGAUUUUGUGAAGUCAGAAUUUUAUGGCCCUCUUCAUUACGACGUGUAUCACACGGACAUGGCGAUGCAAUGGAGAAAACGAUAUCCUGCAUUGAACUGGCCAGUUUUAGCAUUUACAGGUGCACCUGCUAGUUUCCCUGUGCAAUUAGAAAAUAAAAAAUUGCACAAAUGUCUAGAGUGGAAUACAGACAUACUGAAUAAGGCAAAAACAUUUAUAAAAGAGAAACUACCGAAGGGAGCAUUUAUAGGAAUUCAUUUGAGGAAUGGAAUUGAUUGGGUUCGUGCUUGUGAAUUCAUAUCGAGUACACCAAAUCUCUUUGCUGCUCCUCAAUGUCUAGGAUAUCGAAAUGAACGUGGAAAAGCAACGUCCGCUAUGUGUCUACCAUCAUUCGAUUUAAUAGUACGUCAUUUGAAACGUGUUAUUCGCAAUAGUAACGACGUCAAAUCAGUGUUUGUAGCAUCUGAUAAUAACUAUAUGAUUGAGGAACUGACCAAAGCCUUGGCGCGCAUGGAAGUACCAGUUUUUAAACAAGAUUCGCCUGCAUCACCUCAUUUAGAUUUAGCCAUUCUCGGUAGAGCGAAUUAUUUUAUAGGCAACUGCAUUUCUUCAUACUCAGCAUUUGUUGCGAGAGAACGGGAAAUUAAAGGAUAUCCCACAUAUUUUUGGGGCUUCCCUACAGAAAGAGCUUCACUGUCGAUUAUGCAUGAAGAAUUGUAAUUGGUGUAAUCAAAUAUUUUAUACUCAUUCCUUCAUUUACUCGUAAUCUAUUGAGUAGAGACUAUAAUUACUUAAAUUAUUAUUCUUUUUAUACACUGUAUACCACAAUUUUGUAUACAUUAUUUUUGACUGUGCUUUAUAAAGACAGUCUUAUAAAAUGAAAUAUGUUCAACUGUAUUUGUAUGUAAAUACCACUUUUGAUAAAUGUCAAUGUUGACUCUGAGAAUGGAUGAAAAUAUGAGAAUAUAAAGACUCCAAUAGCUUCUAAGCAUCAUUCACUGCUAACUAUAAAUCCUAUAAUACAUGUUAAUGUCCUUCUGCAUGAAACAGUUUAAUUCAUCAAAUAUAUAGUAAAUGAAACUUAUUGUGAAAGAAGAGAAAGAAUUGAUCUGUUAUAUAUUUUCAAAUAACAUUUAUUUUUAUUAAUGUUUGAAUACAACUUUUUUCGUAUUCAAAAAAGCCACUUCUUGCUAUGAUACUACCUCUUACAGAAAGGUAUCGCUAAAGUCGAACGAAACUAUAGCACACUAUAGGCAUGUAUAACAGGUGCUGCAAGGUGCUGUUGCUGUUCGUCUAUCGUUGUCAAUCUGUAAUAUAUUUGAUCUAACGAUUAAGAUUUCGUAGAUAUAAUAUUCUGCUGUCAAUCAUUGUUAAAAUACAGAGUUUUUUUGAUUA